AUGGUGAGAAUAGCGAACAAGCGGAAGGAACAAGACAUGGACUUCGAGGAGAAGAAGCUUCACCUGUCAGUGGGCGGGGUCGUUCAUGACCCUGAUGCGGAGCUGGCGUACGCCGCGGCCGCUGUGGGCGCUUCGCCCCCGCACGACCUGCCACCCGCACACAGAGACCCCGAGAUGUACAGAUCCCCAUAUGGUGUGAUGUACCGCGGUCGGUUCCCCCGGCCGCCGGUGGACGAGAGGUUCUAUGAGCGGGAGCGAGCCUACGAGCGGGAGAGGGUGUACGAGCGACCUCCCUACUACGAGGACAUGCCUGCUACUGACGAUAUGACGUAUCACAAGCGUCGUGUCCGUUCAUCCCGAGAGGUGAUCGUCCAGCGGGCGGAGGUGGAGCGGCGUGAGGGACGGUCCCGGGACGUAAGGGACGGACGGGACACACGGGACGGACGAGGCGACGAGUGGGCCGACCCGUGGAUGAGGGCCGAGCCCGCCGCCCGCAGGCGACGGCCGCCUUCCUCCGAGGACUCGUACUCCUCCUCCAGCUCUUCAAAUUCCAGUUCGCGUAGUUCAGGCAGUCCCGGCGCGAGGCGUAAAAGACGAGCAUCAUCAUCGUCGCGACAAAGAUUAUCACCGUCGGUGAUAGUACGUGAGCGGCGCCUGGCGACCGCUCGUGCUACAGCCAUGAACCCGCCCGCUCCCCGCAGACGUGCGCCCUCGCCGGCCGCCGCGCGACAACUGGCCGUCAACCCGCCGCCGCCGGCGCCUCACAGGCAUAAGGAUGAGCUGGAUCCGUACGGUCGUAAUAAAUUAUCAAAUCGCAGUAGAAAUAGAAAGAAAUAUUCAAGAUCGUCGUCUUCGGGGUCAGAGUCAUCAUCUUCUUCAAGUGAGUCUGAGAGUGAGUCACGAUCGUCUUCAACGUCUGGUAGUUCUGGCACGAGGCGCGCGCGACACGCUCGGCUGUUGAAUGCAGCGGCUAGACCGAGGAUGAACGCUAAACCUAAUUCAGGAUUAGCUGCGGCAGUGUCGACGGUGACAAGCAAAAAGGAAGCUUCUAGUGACAAGGAAAUAACGGGUAAAAAACGAUCAGCUACAUCACCGGUGAGUGGAGCACCGGCCAAGAAGUCAGUGUCUAGAAGGGAGGAGCUUCUGAAACAGUUGAAGGCGGUCGAGGACGCCAUCGCGAGGAAGAGAUCCAAGAUAUAG